GCGCUGCCAUCUUGCGCCCUCCCCGAUGGAUGAGGGCCCCCGCCGCUAACUGUGUGAGUCCAUCCGGUUUCAUCCGCUGCCUGGCCGGCCAUGGAGGGCCUCGCCUGCCGCCUGCUUCUCUGCCUGGGCUGCGCCCUGGCGGCCCCGGAGCUGCUCAAUGAGGAGGUGAAGCGGACGGUGGAUCUCAGCACCCACCUGGCCAAGGUGACGGCCGAGCUGAGCCUGGCCCACCCGGCGGGGGGCUCCGGGGGCGCGAGCUCCUUCCUGCUGGCGCUGGACCCCGGCCUGGAGAGCCGCCUGGCCUACCUCGGGGUGCAGGUGAAAGGUGAGGAAGAGGAGGAGAACACCCUGGAGGUGCGGGAGACUAAGGUGAAAGGUAAAAGUGGCAAAUUCUUCACCGUGAAGUUGCCAUCGCCUCUGGCGCCAGGUACCAAGAUCCGUUUAUCUAUCGAAACAGUUUUCACCCAUGUCCUGCAGCCGUACCCCACGCACAUCACACAGGCAGAGAAACAGUUUGUGGUCUUUGAAGGGAAUCAUUAUUUCUACUCACCCUACCCAACGAAGACCCAAACUACGCGUGUGAAACUGGCCUCCAGGAACAUAGAGAACUACACCAAGCUGGGCAAUCCAACCCGGUCAGAGGACAUGAUUGAAUAUGGGCCCUUCAAGGACAUCCCACCAUAUAGCCAGGACAUCCUUAAGGUACACUAUGAAAAUAACAACCCAUUCCUGACCAUCACCAGUAUGAUACGGGUCAUUGAAGUGUCUCACUGGGGAAAUAUUGCUGUAGAAGAGACUGUUGACUUAAAGCACACAGGAGCUGUGCUCAAAGGGCCUUUCUCCAGAUAUGACUACCAAAGGCAGCCAGACAGUGGAAUAUCUUCUGUCAAAUCUUUUAAGACUAUUCUUCCUGCUGCGGCUCAGGAUGUAUAUUACCGAGAUGAAAUUGGAAACAUCUCUACCAGCCACCUUCUCAUCUUGGAUGACUCUGUGGAGAUGGAGAUCCGCCCCCGCUUCCCGCUCUUUGGGGGUUGGAAGACCCAUUACAUCAUUGGCUACAACCUGCCUAGCUAUGAAUAUCUCUAUAACCUUGGUGACCAGUAUGCCCUGAAGAUGAGGUUCAUUGACCAUGUGUUUGAUGAGCAAGUUGCAGACUCUCUGACCGUAAAGAUAAUCCUGCCAGAAGGUGCCAAGAAUAUUCACGUGGACAGCCCAUAUGAAAUCAAUCGAGCCACUGACGAGCUCCACUACACCUACCUGGACACAUUUGGACGCCCGGUUAUUGUAGCGCACAAGAACAACCUGGUAGAGCAGCACAUCCAGGACAUUGUGGUGCACUACACCUUCAACAAGAUCCUGAUGCUGCAGGAGCCGCUGUUGGUGGUUGGAGCCUUUUACAUCUUGUUCUUCACAGUGAUCUUCUAUGUCAGGCUUGAUUUCUCUAUCACCAAGGAUCCAGCUGCUGAAGCUAGGAUGAAGGUGGCUUGCAUAACAGAGCAAGUUCUCACCUUGGUGAACAAGAGACUGGGCCUGUACCGCCACUUCGAUGAAGCGGUGAAUAAGUACAAGCAGUCACGGGACAUCUCCACCCUAAACAGUGGCAAGAAGACCUUGGAGACAGAGCAUAAGGCCCUGACCAAUGAAGUAGCCUCUCUGCAGUCCAAACUGAAGACAGAAGGCUCUGACAUGUGUGAUAAGGUAAGCGAGAUUCAGAAGCUCGACAGUCAAGUCAAGGAGCUGGUUCUGAAAUCGUCUGUUGAGGCAGAGCGGUUGGUGGCUGGCAAGCUUAAGAAGGACACGUACAUUGAGAAUGAAAAGCUGCAUUCCAACAAGCGCCAGGAGCUGGUCACCAAAAUUGACAACAUCCUCGAUGCACUAUAACUUCAGUUAAAGUGGUGGGAGGGGGGAAGAAACGUGAGUUGAGAUUAAAGGCUGUUGAGUAGACAUGCUCUGAGCCAAACCAGUGAUGCUCUUUGGUCAGCAAAAUCGGGGAAGGGAGAAAAUUUGAAAUGGAAAAUGCCUGCAAAUAACUUUUUUUGGCGUAGUCUUUUUUAGGGCUUGUUUGCCUAUCAGCAUCUGCCGUGGAAGGGACCAUGGUAUAACAAGGUUUGGAUUUAGUUGUAACAGGGUUCCUUCCACACAGGCAAGGCAAGACAGGUUAUAAAGCAGUCUCCACUCUGUAUUUUGCUGUGUAAGAGGGCCCUUACUGUCCCUGUACAACUAGCCAGACAGCCUGGGUGCAGACAUGCUCAUGGCAGAUCUGAACGUUGGGAUCAGAGAGAAUAAAGGCAUCUUUGUUCUUCUGAAGGCUUUAAAAUAAAUCCAUUCCCCCUUGAAUGUAUACUUUUAUAUUUUGGGGAAUAAGGAACUCGAGCAAAGGAGUUUUGUACUGAUUUUUGUCACAAAAAUGAGGUUUUUCAAACUGGCAAUGUUCUGAGCCUGUUUAAAAUAAAGUAGUGGCUGGAGCCCAGUGCAGCUGAGAGGGUUUCAUCCCCUGAAAGCCUGUGCUUGUUCCUGUUGGUUUUUUUGGUUUUAAUAUGUAAGCAAGUCCCAAUUGAAAUAAACAAGGGAGGAUGGA